CGCCCGCCCGUUUGAAAGAGACGCGUAGGGGUUCAACGAUUAAGGGUCGCGCACGGUGGCAGUGCAUUUACUAAUUACCACUGUCGACACCCACUCGAACUUGUUCCUCACAUAUAUACAUCAACCCAUAUACAAGAAGCGACAAUGACAACAGGAGCACAGAAACAAGCGAGGCGAGCACGCCUAUGCAAAAAGAUGCGGAGGACGAUCGCCGGCCGGGCCGCGGUGAAGUCCUUACAACGCGAGCUCGAAAAACAACGAGCCAGAUCCAAGCAAGCUUUGGAGCGGCACGUAGCACGCACCGCAGCUAGCACCACCACCACCCCGUUCCACAUAGCCCCGUGCUCUGACGGUAUCCACCAUCUUUCAAUACCGCGCAGUAGAACCAAUACAAUGACAACUACCGCUCAAAGAAAAGCGAAGAGAGAACGAAUGUUCAAGAAAACGAAAGUCAGAACCGCGCUGCCGUUUUUGCGACGGAAGCUGCAGAAGGAACGAACGGCGUCAAAGCUAGCUUGGGAGCAACACCAAGCAGGCAUCCCAACCGCAAACGCCACCACCACCACCACCACCACCACCAACCCCACCACAACCACUGCCACUUCCACGACUGGCGAGGGAGCUCCCCGUACGCCCACAUCCUGUCAUAAGCACCUCAGCCGACUUGCGUCAAUAUUGAAGGAUAGAAGGAGUCAGCGACGCAACUACCAAUAUCCACAUCCCCCAAUCAUGAUUCACAUCCACACCACUCAAACAAUCAUGGGCAAGAAAGGCCGGCGCUAAAGUCCGAGGCAGGGUCAAAGUAUUCCGAUGCCGCCCUGUCCACCGAGUCCCAAGCCGCCAACAGAG